AUGACACGAUGGGGUUAUAAAACUUACAUAAGGACAUAUAUAGACACAUACCGCGGAUACUGUUGGUAUGGCCGAUGCGACCGUACUAGAUUGGCCAGUUAUGUUGACAGCAAAUACGUGCCGGAAGUUUAUAUUGGCGUGAAGCAUGUUUGCUGCGAUGGCUACAUCCAACGGGACAAUGAUUCGAGUGACGAGCUUAUAUGCGAUCCCAUAUGUAUACCCCCCUGCAACAACGGCUUUUGUUCCAAGCCCGGCGAAUGUCACUGCAACGCUGGAUACACUUUUGACACAGGAAGCUCACACACAUGUGUACCAUCUUGUUCAGUCGAUUGCGGUCAUGGACACUGCACAGCCCCAGAUACAUGUGAAUGUAAUUUCGGCUAUUCUUUCCAAAAUGGCACCUGUCGCCCAGUUUGUAACGAACCAUGUGUUAACGGGACGUGUUCCGCUCCAGAUACCUGCGAAUGUAGUCUAGGGUACAGAAAAUCAGAGGAGAAUAAAUGCUUGCCCUACUGUUCCAAAGGAUGUACGCAUGGGACCUGUGUGGGUCCGGAAAUCUGUAAAUGCGAUGAUGGAUAUCAGAAACUUAAUGAUGAAUGUAUGCCGCACUGCGAUAAAGACUGUGCUCAUGGUAAUUGCACAGCACCAAAUCUUUGUAAUUGUAAUGAAGGUUACGAAAUAAAUAAUGGCACGUGUGUACCGCAUUGUGAUAGCUGUGAGCAUGGCACGUGUGUCGCUCCAGAUACCUGCGAGUGUAGUUUGGGGUUCAGAAAAUCAGAGGAGAACAAAUGUUUACCCUACUGUUCCAAUGGAUGUGUCCAUGGGACCUGUGUGGGUCCUGAAGUCUGCAAUUGUGAUGAUGGAUAUGAAAAACAUGAUAAUGACUGUAUACCGCACUGUGAUAAAGACUGUGGUCAUGGUAAUUGCACUGCACCAAAUGUUUGCACUUGUAAUGAAGGUUACAAAAUAAAUAAUAGCACGUGUGUACCGCAUUGUCAAAAUUGUGAGCAUGGCGCGUGUAUUGCUCCUGAAACAUGUCACUGCGAUGAGGGUUGGUAUAAUGAUAAUGGAAGAUGCUUACCGAAUUGCACAAUUCCUUGUGGACAUGGCAAGUGUAUAGGCCCCAAUCAGUGUCAAUGUGCUCCUGGGUAUGAGAUAUCAAUAAACGGUUCCUGUAGCGCCCAUUGCGAAAAUUGUACCGGCACCUGCUUUGUUCCUGGCAUAUGUAUAUGUGAUGUUGGAUGGAUUAAAAAUGAAGCAAACAUAUGCAUUCCACAUUGUGCAAAACCUUGUAGGAAAGGUACUUGCGUAGAACCAAAUAAGUGUGAAUGUCACCCAGGUUACAAAAAAGGAAAUUCCUCAUUUGAAAACGAUGUCUGUGUUCCCGAUUGUAGAACUUGCAAUGGAACCUGUAUAGAACCCAAUAAAUGUAUUGAUGAUAAGGAUGAUGGAUGCACGGGAGAUGAUUGUUCUAAAACAAAUCUCGUGAUCGAACAUACAACAGAUUCAAUUAAAAUUGCUACUGAAGAAGUUGAAGAAAUAGAAAAAUUUGAAACAUCGAGUGUAUCAGAUCUCUGGAAUUCCCUUAAGGACGAGCUAAAUUAUGAUGAAGCAACGACUGAACACAAUAGUUCAAAUGAAGAUAGUGACUCUACAAAUAUUGCGAAAUCAACAAUGAAUUCCAGGCAUUUAUACCUGUGGGUAUCAAUUAUUGUAUUGAUAUUGGUUAUACUUGGACCAUUUUGUUCGGUUUUCUACUUCUUUCAUAAACGUGGACUCAGGCGUUACAUGAGCGGCGGAAGUUAUGCUAUAGAUGAAAACGAGAAGACCUUAAAAGAAACAAUCCCAUACACGAAAACCAGCAAUCAAAAUUUAAGCUUCAGCUACGCAGAAAUAAAAAAGAAGAAGGAAAUUAGCAAUCUAUAA